AUGGGGAUUGGUGUAAACAUUCCUAAAGUAAGACAUGUUAUUCAUUUAGAUGUUCCUUGGACUGUAGAGUCGUGCUACCAAGAAAUUGGACAAGCCGGUCAGGACAACCAACCUGCCAGAGCAACACUCCAUUACAAUGGUAGUGACGUAGCUUCCAACAAGCCUGGGAUGACGGACGAAAUGUGGUCCUAUUACAAGCUUACCAACAGCUGUUUGAGGGAUUAUGUUCUAACUUACUUAGGUUCAACAUGUUCAAGUCGCUAACCAAUACCAAGGCAACUUUGUUCUUCCAAUUGCAGUAACAGCGAGCAACAGACCCUAAAGAAGCACAUGUCCCCCAUCUUAAGAAGUCCCCUGAGCAAGAUCAAGGAGCUGUGAGAAGGGUAUCUGAGGAGGAGCAAAAAGAGAUCAGUAAGCAUUUAUUUUUAAUAUUGCCUCCACCUUGGCACAAACCACAGGAGGUUUGGUGA